UAUAUACCAUUCGUGAGAAAGGGUGGCUCCUGAAUGAUGCAUCCAAAAUCAAGUACUUUGGGAGCCCCAAUGAGGAACUAUUUAAUAACAGACCUGUUGUCUUUUUUUCAUUUUUAUAAGAAUGAGAAGACAGAAUGCCGAAGAAUAUGAGUUCAAGGAUUACAUAUGUUGCAUUGUUUUUUUCUUUGUAUAUUCACAAUUUUCCAGCAUGGAAAGAUACAGAGGAAUGUCACCAUGACAACUUCUUUUUAGUGAGACAAGGCUGGCGGCCCGGUUCCAAUUGCACAAAAAUGCAAUACAUACGAAGGAAUUCAAACUUAACAGACUGCUUUAAGUCAGCAUGUAAAAACAAUAGCAAUUUAGUGAUACAUAAACAAUAUAAACUAAAACAGGCCUGCACCCUCUAUAGAUGUGAAUCAAAUCACGACAUUACUGAUUGGGAAUAUGGAUGGAGCAACAAAUGGGAAAGCACAAAAGCUUAUGCGUUGUUGCACCCAUCAACACCAAGGUGUCGAAACUCAUUCUUCAUAAGAAGAACCUGGGACACUGGUAAAAGAGUCUGUGCAAAUUGCGACAAUAUAAAAUACAUGAAUGUGGAGGAUCUAUAUUCAUGCAUGUCACAUGCAUGUGAUGAGGAAGCUAAUGCUUUGAACUUCUGGGACAAAAGAAAGUGUCAAAUAAUGCGGUGUAGAUGGAAUUCUACAAGACUGAGUUAUAAUUUCAACUUCUCGAGAACUGCUGCCAAAGUAACUACAUACAGCUUGGCAUCCCAGAUCACAACAGUAAAUACAAUGACGACAAUUUUAUCUCCAAAACCAACAACGCAAACAAAACCACAAUUCUUCAGAGUGCUUGCUCUCAUUAUGACUGGAGUAGCAGGAAUGGUCUUGGGGUUAAUUACUGUUGCAGUGUUCUAUUACAUACUAAUACAUAGGAGGAGACAGGAGCAAAUCCCUGGGCAGACAUCUAGAGACAGUUUGGAUUAUUACUCCUAUACAUACACCACUAUAGAUGAGUCUACUAUGAUGCCCUGCGGCCCACCCUCAUUAAAAUGAUCGAAAUGCAUUCCAAUGUAUGUAGAAUAAUCCAGAGGGAAGUCUCUCAAAACAAUGAAAUCGUAAUUCUUAGGGCAGAUAAUAUGGCAGGAUGAAUAGUAAUUUAAAGAUUGCAUUAAAGACACAUCUGACAUUAUAUGAUAGCAUACAUGAUUCUUAUAUCUGCAUAUAUUAAUUUUAAAAAAUCAUUUUUAAGAUAACCACAAAAAUAUUUUUCUAUAUUUACUUGCCUAAAAUGUACAUAAAUAUCUGUAUGUCUAACUUAUGAUGUAAAUGCUUUAAUUUUAAAUGAGAUCAUUUCUUUAAUAUUGUGUAUUAUGUUUUGUUGAGAAUAAAAAUUGUAAAAUUAUA